AUGCACGCUGUAACGACUGGCAGGAAGAAAAUCUUAGGCGGAUGGUAUCCUCUUCCUUUAGACAGAUAUCCUUAUUACGAAGCUGUAUUUGUGUAUGAAUCAAUCCUUAAUAUCUGGGGAGGAAUGCUUCUAGCCGUUUACGUUUGCCUUUUUUACCAAGUCCUGAUGUGUCUUUACGCACAGUUUUCUGUUUUAGCAUAUCACGUAUCAACACUGAAAUAUAGUUCUAUAAAUGGUAGUAAAGCAACGGGGUACGCCAGCUCUAAACUUUAUAAUGAACUUUAUGAAGUGCUUCAGGAGCAUCAAAAAAUUUUAAGGUAA